CGUAGCCCUACUCUAUGUGGUAUAGUAUACGUCACGUGUACUAUAUAUUUCGAGUAAAAUUUUUCUCAGAGGAAGUUUGGAACGUAGCCCAAGAAUAGGGGCCCUGAUCGCAGUAUUUUGCGGUUGACAGAUUUUCUAACCUCAAUAAUCAUCAAUUUCAACGCUUAAUAUCUCGAUUCGCGAGGCCGACCGCAGCAAUUUUCUGCCGGAUUCUUUCGUUUUAAGUGAAAACGCGUUGACGAGCUUAAUUUCAUUAAAAUCGGAGAUGAGAUGGAGGGGCUCUUUAACAUUUACCAAUCUUGCAUACCGUGAUACGAUUCCAUAUAUAAAAAUUUUAAAUGCUCAAUGAUGGAAGAAGAGCCUGAAGUGAUAGAACAUUUUUUUGGAGUGUAUUUAUUAUAUUGUAUGAAUCCAAAAUAUAAGGGAAGAACUUAUAUAGGUUACACUGUGGACCCAAGACGUAGAAUUAAACAACAUAAUGCUGGUAAGAAGCAUGGUGGAGCAUGGAAAACUAGUAACAGAGGACCAUGGAACAUGAUCUUGAUUGUUCAUGGAUUUCCCAACAGCACUUCUGCACUUAGAUUCGAAUGGGCUUGGCAACAUCCAGAUGUAAGUAGGCGACUAAAACACGUUCCUAGGAAGAAGUCAUCACAGAAGGUACUUGAUUUUCGAUUGAUAGUCCUCUGUGAGAUGUUAAAAAUUGGGCCUUGGUGUCGUCUACCUUUAACUAUACGAUGGUUGGACUAUCAAUUUUCAAAAAAUUAUUACGAAUACAUAUCUCCACCGUUACACAUGCCCAUAUGCUAUAGCAAAGUCACUAGUUGUAAAGUUAAACAAACACAAAAAACAAAUGAAGAUAAUAUUCUAUCACAAGAAUCACAAUUGUCAAUGAAAAAAUCAUUAAUGUUUUGUUCUCUUUGCAACUCGAGUAUGAUAGAGAAAGAUUCUGUCACUUGUGUAAAACCAAAAUGUCUUUUGAUUGUUCACUUAAUCUGUUUAGCAAAAGAAUUUUGUAAAGAUGAUAUGAUCUUGCCAAUCGAGGGUAUUUGCCCUAUGUGCAAGUCUAAUGUCCUCUGGGGAGACCUUAUAAGAAAAAAGAACGGUUGUUAUCAAGAUCUUGAAGAAAUUGAUAUUAAUUUUUCCAAUAAUGAUAACAUUUAAUCAUAUAAAUAAGAUCUUAUAAUUAUCUAAAAUAUAAUAAAUACGAAUUUUUUACCUUGUACUUCAAAUCAGUAAUCUAAGU